CUCUUGAAUGAGUCGAUGUUAUAAAACGCUUGUCCGGUACUGUAUGUUUAUUAAUUUAGUGACUAAGGGCCCUAGAGACAUGUCUCUGUGAAUGCAGAGGAGAGGAGACGUGGGGACGUGGGAAGGGGUGACGACAACAGCUGCCUCCCACAUGGCAUCCUAUUCCCUAUAGAGCUCACUUUUUGACCAGCACUAUAUAGGGAGUAGGGUUCAAUUUUUGGGACGCACACAACGUCUCUAAUUAUUGACAUUAGUGAUUACCCUGCAGCUGUCUGACGCCGAGCCUCAGCGGCUGGCUGCUAAAUCAUAUUUGGCACCGUCGUUAUCAGUUGUUUAGGGAAGUGGAGCGAGACAGGAGAUUGUAAUUGCUGAUUGCAAUGAACUGAAGUUUGGAGUCAGUUUGUGUGUCUUCUCUCAAGAAGAAGGGUGGGGAAAAGAGAGUGUGCGUGGCUUUACGUCUACAGUACCCGUGUCUGUGUGCGGUGUGUGUGGUAUGUGAAAUAUACGCCAAAUUAACAUUAUAUACAGUAGGCCUAUAUUAAGACCUUGUUCUAUAACUCAGUGCUAUUCAAAGGUGAUGGCUGUGUUCCACCUUGUUCUGUUACUCAGUCUAUUCAGAGAUGAUGGCUGUGUUCCACCUUGUUCUGUUACUCAGUCUAUUCAGAGAUGAUGGCUGUGUUCCACCUUGUUCUGUUACUCAGUCUAUUCAGAGAUGAUUGCUGUGUUCAACCUUGUUCUGUUACUCAGUCUAUUCAGAGAUGAUGGCUGUGUUCAACCGUGUUCUGUUACUCAGUCUAUUCAGAGAUGAUGGCUGUGUUCCACCUUGUUCUGUUACUCAGUCUAUUCAGAAAGGAUGACUGUGUUCAACCUUGUUCUGUUACUCAGUCUAUUCAGAAAGGAUGGCUGUGUUCAACCUUGAAUAUUUGCCAACUGUAGCCUACAACACCAACAUCCCCCUUACAAGCUGUUAGAAAGGUCCUGAUAACAUCCUGAAGCUCCUCAGACUUUAAUAUUCCUCUCCCAUUCAGCAGCACCAGAAACAAUAUGUCCUGUAUAUCAUAUGGUUCCCAUUGGUUCAGCUGGAGGGUAUUGUCCCAAAUGGCACCCUAUUCCCUAUGUAGUGCAAUAAAUUUGACCAGAGCCCUAUGGGUAGUGGUCAAACGUAGUGCACUAUAUACAGUAGGGAGUAUGGUGUCAGAGUACUACAGUAUAUAGGGAUUGGGUGCCAUUUGGGAGCAGCUCUAAUGUGUGUGAGUAAUGCAGGGGAGGUGUGUUUACUUACAUUACUGUCAUCUUCUGUGUUUUAAUUCACUCACUCUGUCUGCACGGCGCACACAGCAGCCUGGAGGAGAAUAUCCACACGCAUUUCAAAGUUGUCUUUGCAGCCUGUAGCUUUUACAGCAUCGCUCUUAGGGUUGCAAAAUUCCGGUAACGAAGAAUAAAUUCCCAGAUUGUCCAGAAUACCUAGUUGGAGGAUUCUGCAUUUCUUGAUGAUUCCCUCCUGAUUUCAGAAAUCCUCCAACUGGGUUUUUGGGAAAACCAGGGAAUUUCUUGAUGAUUCCCUCCUGAUUUCAGAAAUCCUCCAACCGGGUUUUGGGGAAAACCAGGGAAUUUAUUGAAAGUUCCCGGCAUUUUGCAACUCUAGCUCUGACAGAAAGCAGAACCCUCCGACUGGGUCUGAACUGACAGAGGCAGAUGAAGAAGAUGGAGUAUUUUUCCAUUGUCAUUUUUUUGUGCAAUGGGUUCAAUGGGAUGAUACCCAGUUGUCCUUAAUCUUUUCACAUGGUUUUCUAUAACAGGACGUUUCCAUUGAGUGAAAGUCCCUCCUGGUUUCAAGUGGGUUAAUGACUGAGAUGAUUAAUGACAUGUGGAAAUUGUCUCUACCCCAUUAGUUCAUAUAAAUGCCAAAAUUACAUAUUUAUUUUCUGACCUCGAAACCAGUCUCACAACUGUUCAGUUAACCAUGACACUUGUUGCCUAAUGUUAAGGUAUUGCUUCUAGGGCCCUUGGGGUUCAUUUCAUUUUUCAUCCAGCACCAGAAAAUACAACUGCCUCCAUACUCGCCCUACAGCCCAAAAGUCUGUCUCACUGGUGUGGUAUGAGAUGUUUAAUGUACGAGUUUGUUUUACCGUUCUCCCAUCACUUACUUAGUUUAUUGAAAGAUCACAGGAGCCUACAUGAAUAUGAAGUCAUCCUGCAGCGAAGGGUCUGUCUAAACAACACUUAGAAUGUCCUCAAACGUUCAAUUCAUGAUGUCCGAACCACUUGGACUGGAAUGAAACAAACAUUCAACCAGCGUCUCUUGGACAUUGCAGGCAACACAGUUCUAAUUCCAUGUCAGAAGUAGAGUUGCCUCCUUUAGAUCCAGUCCAGUAUAUAUACCUUAACUCAGGUCUGUAGAUCCAGUCCAGUAUAUAUACCUUAACUCAGGUCUAUAGAUCCAGUCCAGUAUAUACACCUUAACUCAGGUCUGUAGAUCCAGUCCAGUAUAUAUACCUUAACUCAGGUCUAUAGAUCCAGUCCAGUAUAUAUACCUUAACUCAGGUCUGUAGAUCCAGUCCAGUAUAUACACCUUAACUCAGGUCUAUAGAUCCAGUCCAGUAUAUACACCUUAACUCAGGUCUAUAGAUCCAGUCCAGUAUAUACACCUUAACUCAGGUCUAUAGAUCCAGUCCAGUAUAUAUACCUUAACUCAGGUCUGUAGAUCCAGUCCAGUAUAUAUACCUUAACUCAGGUCUAUAGAUCCAGUCCAGUAUAUACACCUUAACUCAGGUCUAUAGAUCCAGUCCAGUAUAUAUACCUUAACUCAGGUCUAUAGAUCCAGUCCAGUAUAUACACCUUAACUCAGGUCUGUAGAUCCAGUCCAGUAUAUACACCUUAACUCAGGUCUAUAGAUCCAGUCCAGUAUAUACACCUUAACUCAGGUCUGUAGAUCCAGUCCAGUAUAUACACCUUAACUCAGGUCUGUAGAUCCAGUCCAGUAUAUAUACCUUAACUCAGGUCUAUAGAUCCAGUCCAGUAUAUACACCUUAACUCAGGUCUAUAGAUCCAGUCCAGUAUAUACACCUUAACUCAGGUCUGUAGAUCCAGUCCAGUAUAUACACCUUAACUCAGGUCUGUAGAUCCAGUCCAGUAUAUACACCUUAACUCAGGUCUGUAGAUCCAGUCCAGUAUAUACACCUUAACUCAGGUCUAUAGAUCCAGUCCAGUAUAUACACCUUAACUCAGUCCAGCAGAGUAGGGGUCCUUUUUUGGUAGUGGGGGGCGAUGUGCUGUGUUUGGUUCCUGCUCGUUUUCAAUGAAACACAGCUCCCUGGGCUUUGUCAUGGUGACACAAUGUUUAGGGGGCUGGGACGAGGAGAGUUGACUAGGACUGCAUUAGGCUGGUGCUCUCCAAUGCCCACAGACAGUUCGUAGUAAACACCCUGGGAAGAUAGGUAACACUUGUGUUGUUAUUUUACCUGUGUAAUAACACUGUAAUUAAACCAGUAACAGAGUUGUAUUAGCAUGUUGGUACAUAAUACUUUAGUAAAUACAUUAUUUUGACCGUUUCAAUAAUGCAACUGAUUUGAUACCUCAAAAUGAGUCAGCACAGCUCACAGCAAUAGACUUUUCAGCUCAUUCUGCUGAACAUCAAUACUUUUUGUGUGAUAACAGAGUACUGACAGUACAAGAGAAAUGAGGUCCCUAACAGGAAAUGUGGAAAAAGUUGAGACUCAUUCUGGAAGAUGAAUGUGUCUAGAAGAGGUUCACUCAUGGGUCAUUACUUAGCUGGUACCAGAGACAGACUGGCCAUAGGACAGUUCUGGCAAAUGCUAGAUGGGUCGUCCAUCUUUAGCCCGGUGGGCCUGUCUGAAUUGGGCUUUUUCCGCCAAAUUAUUAUUAUUCUGGCUAAUAAUUGAGACCUCGAGGGAAAAAUGGACCGGUGUUCCCCAGUCUGUCCCUGAAUGGUACUGUACUGAAAUGAUGUUUUCCAGUCUAGAAGUGUCAAGUGGAAUCAUCAAACUAACUUCAAAUGAUCUUUGUUAUGAUUCAAUUUGGUUGUCCUUGCUAACUUAAUGUUUGAAUUGAUGUAAAUAAUGGAAUAUGUGUUUUAAAGAGAUCCCAGAUCUUGAGUUGAAAUGCAGUCAUAUGUUCCUCAUGGCUGUUCUAGGAGGAUGCCACUUGAUUUUUCUCAUUUGUAUGAAACCUCUGAAAUCAGCUUUUGUGAAAAAGACUUACCAAUUUCCACUUACUUUUUUUUCAGUCUCACAGGAAUAAAUUCCGGGAUAUUCCACAAGACUGUAUUCGCUUCCCAAAUGGCACCCUAUUCCCUUUAUAGCACACUAUAGUGCCCCCUGGUCAAAAGUAGUGCACUAUAAAUGGAACAGGGUGCCAUUUAGGAAACAGUCUGUGGUACAGAGAGUCCUUGUUUAGUGAUGUCACAGUUCAUGUAAACUUAGGAAGACUUCCUCUCUAAGUAUCCUCAGCUAAAAGACCGGGGACCGGAUUAGUUAGUGUGAUGCUGAGCGGAAGAGUAGACCGGGAGGCUAAGGCACAGAGAGACAGAACUGUGGGGUUUCCUUUUAAAUGUUUAGAUAUGGGAAGAGUGCAGAGCCGUAUGCUGGGGAGCAGAGGACCAGAGGUAAACAGUGAAAUGAGGCGUUGAAACAGUAGAGGCAUAAACUAGGAAGCCUUAGGGGCAGUGAGGUUCUGGACUGAGGAGGCCCUGGUCUCUCUACUAACCUCAAGGGGACCAAGACGUAACCUCAAACUGGCCAACAGAUUUAUUGAUCUCCUCACUCUUCUCUAGGCGUUGAGGCCGCGGGGCCAACCACAGAACCAUGGAGCCUGCCUAUACGGGGAUGUCACUGGAUAACUCGACCUCAACAGUGAUGCCCAUGGCGACCUCCGCCGGCAACACCAAUGUGAGCAGAGAGCCGUACAUGCACCGCCUGGCCCAUCUAGACGAGGGUCUCUACAAUGACUUCUACAGCCUGUGGAUUUGUCUGGUGGUGGUCAACACACUCAUCUUCAUGGUGGGAAUGGUUCUCAACACCCUGGCCCUGUACGUGUUCUGCUUCCGCACCAAGCCCAAGACCACCUCAGUCAUCUACACCAUCAAUCUGGCUGUCACAGACCUACUGGUUAACCUCUCCCUGCCCACACGUAUCAUUCUCUAUUACAGUGGGGGAAAGUGCCUCAACUGCUCCUAUGUGCAUAUAUUCAGCUACUUUGUCAACAUGUACUGCAGCAUCCUCUUCCUCACCAGUAUAUGCGUGGACAGAUACCUGGCCAUAGUACAGGCUGAGGCCUCUAGGAAGUGGAGGAACCCUAACAUGGCCAAGGGGGUGUGCAUUUUCAUCUGGCUCUUCGCUAUCGUGGUCACCUACUCCUUCCUCACCACGGCGUUCCGACACGCAGGCUGCUGCGUCUCCAAGCUCUUCGUCCUGACCGUCUUCGAGUUCUUCCUCCCCUUGGUCGUCAUUGUGGUGUUCACCGUGCGCAUCAUGUGUGCCCUGUCCAACUCCAGUCUGAUGCAGCAGAGCAGAGAGAGGCGCGUGCGGGCCGUGCAGCUCCUCACCACUGUCCUGGUCAUCUUCACCAUCUGCUUCACCCCGUUCCACGUCAGGCAGGUGCUGGUGUACUUCUACCCCGACAUGCCCCACCACGUCAUUGUCUACCACGUCACCGUCACCCUCAGCAGCCUGAACAGCUGCAUGGACCCCAUCGUCUACUGCUUCGUCACCAACAACUUCCAGUCCAGCAUGAGGGGCUUCUUCCGCAAGGCGGACGCAGAGCUGGAGCAGACCAGUGGGAACAUCAUCAGCAUGCAGAAUAGCUCCAAAGGCUCGGGGACUGUCACAGCUAUCGCUCACAGUGUGAUGAUGAACGUUCUGUCCUCCUCCUCUCCCCAGCAUGGGAACCACAUAGCGUUAGACUGAGAAAGGGAUGGGAAGAUUGAGGAAUGGGAUGUUCAGUGUUCAGAGAGAGAUGGACUUCUAUUGCCUAACUGUGAGACUCUGGAGUGCAAUUGACAUACUACAGUAGGCUAUUCUCCCAUUUGAGAAAAUGCUUUCCUGCUUCUAUUAUUGUAGCCUAUUGUUGGCUUGGAAAUGUAAGUACUUGAAGACAUUUUCGGACAAGAAACGUUAUUUCUCCUGUGUUGGCCUACACCAGUCACGAUGGAGGGCAUUGAGACUGAAUACAACCUAUAACGUGUUUAUAGCAGCAUGAUUUAUUUCUACUGUACAAUUAUCAUCUGAGGAGUAUUUGUUUACUUUGAUCCUAGAUCUUAUGGACCUCUGACAAAAUAGACAAGUAAUAUUCUACUGCGUUGCUAUGGAAACAAAUAGAAAUAUAUGAUAAACAGCUUCUGUAGAUUAAUGUGUGACAUUGUUGUCACAAUACAUAUUUAUCGUCAGCCUUCUCAGAAACUGGUUUUAUGCUAAACUUAUAUUACUGGCAAAUAUUACCAAACCAAUUGUCCAAAAACAUAUAGAAUAAAACAUACAAAAUCUUAUUGAUUUUAUAGCAAGAA